AUGAUGCGCAUCCGCCAAAUUUGCGUAUACCUUCAAUCCUCGGUACCCAGUCCUUGCGGGCUGGGGAGAGCCAAAGACGGCUAUUGCAGCCUGUCGGUGAUGGCUUGUCAUAGUUACACUGAGGGAGUCAUUGGGCUGGGACUGUCGCCAGACGAGCAAGCUGGAACGAACGAGCGAGGACGGCCAAGGCUGACCUUUUGUUCCUCCAUCGCCCGCUCGAAACAGGCCACACCCGACGGAAGGGUGCGAUGGGAAUGCAUGGCUCCUCUCUUUACGCAUCACUCUGCAACUUGCAUCGUUAUCCGGAUAUUGCUGUGCUUGAACGGGGAGAACGAGGAGAGGGUCGAGGAGACGUGGGUGUGUGAGGGAGCACUCGGCGCACCUUG